GUUCCUUUAAAGGUCCCAUCUCCACUGAAAACCCCAAGACAACAUGCCUCCCAAGAAGCCUGAGCCUAAGAAGGAGGCUGCCAAGCCAGCCGCAGCUGCAGCCCCUGCCCCUGCCCCAGCUCCUGAGCCCCUCAAGGACUCUGCCUUUGACCCUAAAAGCGUGAAGAUAGACUUCAGUGCCGAUCAGAUUGAAGAGUUCAAAGAGGCCUUUUCACUGUUUGACCGGACUCCAACUGGAGAGAUGAAGAUCACCUAUGGGCAGUGUGGGGACGUGCUGCGGGCCCUGGGCCAGAACCCCACCAAUGCAGAGGUCCUGCGUGUUCUGGGAAAACCCAAGCCUGAAGAGAUGGGUUCCAAGACACUGGACUUCGAGAUGUUCCUGCCCAUCCUACAGCACAUCUCCCGCAACAAGGAGCAGGGCACCUACGAGGACUUCGUGGAGGGGCUGCGGGUCUUUGACAAAGAGAGCAACGGCACAGUCAUGGGGGCUGAGCUUCGGCACGUCCUUGCUACUCUGGGAGAGAAGAUGAGUGAGGCAGAGGUAGAACAGCUGUUGUCUGGGCAGGAGGAUGCCAAUGGCUGCAUCAAUUACGAAGCCUUUGUCAAGCACAUCAUGUCUGGGUAGAGUGGAUUUCUCCAGGGUGCUUGGACACCCAUGGUAGCUGUCACAGAAUCUUGGACUCACACUGGGUCACAGUUCUACAACCUCUCAGACAUACGGCCUUCCCUGUAAAUAAAGAGCCCAGUACCGAGUCUCAACAA